GAGAGAUGCAUUGCCGGACGAUACUCCAGCAACAGAUGCGCUAGAAUGCAGUUCUUAGCGUUUGCAAGUGUGUUAAGUGUGGUGUGCUUAGAUACGCUCGUCCAUGCGGCAGACCCAGCAACAGGUCCUCCAAAUCUGGAAGAUGUCAGCAAAAUAGCCAACGGGGAAGCAUUCGCACUGGAGUGUCUAAUUGAAAGUGGGCUCAAGCUGGACUCGCUUGCAUCACUCUCCGCCAGCGAUCUAGACGCGAACGGAGGCAAGAUUAAGUGCAUGAUGAAAUGUUUCUACGAGAAAACGGGCUUCAUGGACAAAGAGGGUCAGCUGCAGGAGAAAACCAUCACGGACCAGCUAUCCAAGUUUAUGCCGCGUGAUCGCAUCGAGUCGCUCGUAAAGAACUGCAACUUCCAGGAGCCGGAUGCGUGUGAAACGGCCUACAAAGUGACGGAGUGUUACUUCCAGAAUAAGGCGGGUCUGUUCUGA